AUAGUAAACACGAGCCAAGGAUCGAACGAGCCAAGCGAGCCUCAGUGUCGUUUCGUUGUCCGAUAUACAAACAGCUAAUCGCGCUAACGGUUUAGAAAGUUACUCAAACUCAAAAUCAUGGCUCUCAAAUCGAUCAAUUUGACUCUCGUUUUCUUCAUCGUUUUUUCGACGUUCGCGGGCCCGCGCGACGUCCAGGCCUCGCAGCAAAUGGCCGAUUUCGUCCAAUCGAUACCCGAAGAUGAGCGAGGCACCUUUUUGGCUUACAGUAUCGGACUCGAGAUUUUGAGGAAGCACCUCGAGAAAUUCAACAGAACGAACGAGGUUGACAAGUACGGCAACGCCUGGCGCGAGACGGCCAAGGAACUUUUGAAACGCGACGACGUACCCGUCAACUUCGCCAGCGAGGCCGUCGAGUACGUUCAAACCCACUUGGUGCUUGAAUCCGACGAAUAUAAAAAUCUGAUAUACACUAGUGAAAGAUACGCAAAAGAAAUACAAAAACAUAUAAUACCCAAUGAUGAUAAUAUUAGCGAGACAUGCUGUCCUUUUUAAUUGUGACGUCGAUUUUUUAAUCUUAAGUUAUUGUAAUUUCUUGGGUAGUAAGAUUUUUUAUUUUUAUACACCUAUAUGAUUCAAAAAAAUAGAACAAAAAAGACAAUAACAUUUUAACUCAAUAAAGUCAAAAUCUGUUAUAUUUUUACA